CGCGACCACACCAGUAGCUUGCAAGUAAUCUCCAUCCAUCCAUCAUCCAAACACACGGCAGCCAACAAGGGCCAGGGCCAGGGCCAGGCCACGACACGCAUCAUGUCCCUGUCCUCCCGCGCCGUCGCCGCUGCGCUGCUCUGCCUGCUCGUGGCUCAUGGCACCAGCUGCUCCAAGCAGCACAAGACCGGACACAAGGCCCACGCCGCACCGACGACGCCGCCGCCGGGCACACCUCCUGCUGCUACGACUCCUCCGCCACCAUCGUCCACAUCGAAUUCCAGUUCCAGUUCCAACGCCGGCGAUGGCUGGCUCAACGCCCGGGCGACGUGGUACGGCGCCCCCAACGGCGCCGGCCCGGACGACAACGGUGGCGCCUGCGGCUUCAAGGGUGUCAACCUGCCGCCCUUCUCCGCCAUGACGUCCUGCGGGAACGAGCCACUCUUCAAGGACGGCAAAGGAUGUGGCUCCUGCUACCAGAUCCGCUGCCUUGCCCACCCUGCUUGCUCCGGCAUCCCGGAGACGGUCAUCAUCACAGACAUGAAUUACUACCCGGUGGCGCCCUACCACUUGGACCUCAGCGGAACAGCCUUCGGCGCCAUGGCCAAGGACGGCCGCAACGACGAGCUCAGGCACGCCGGCAUCAUCGACAUCCAGUUCAAGAGGGUUGCUUGCCAGUACCCUGGUCUGACUGUGACCUUCCACAUCGAGCGCGGCUCCAACCCCAACUACCUGGCGGUGCUGGUGGAGUACUCCAACGGCGACGGCGACGUGGUGCAGGUGGAUCUGAUGGAGUCGCGGGCGGAGGACGGCGAGCCGACGGGGGUGUGGGAGCCGAUGCGCGAGUCCUGGGGUUCCAUCUGGCGGAUGGACACCCGGCGGCCGCUGCAGGGGCCCUUCUCGCUGCGCGUCACCAACGAGUCCGGCAAGACGCUGGUGGCGGACCAGGUCAUCCCAGCAGACUGGCAGCCGGACAGUGUCUACAGCUCCAUCGUCCAGUUUGAUUGAUGGAUGGAUCGAUCGAUCGAUUAGCUAGAGAUUUAUCAUCGUCAUCAUCUUCAUCGUCAUCGCAACGUAGUAUGCAUGCUGAUUAUAUAUAUAUACAUACACAUAUACAUACAUACAUACUGUGCAGGUGCGUGCGUGAGACGUCGCCUGUGACGUCCGUCCGUCCGAUCGACCAUUCGCUGAUGGUGGUCGACCAUGCAUGCAUGUCCUAGCGCGUGCAUUGCGAUGAAUAUAAUGUUAAUUGCUGCUUUGCGACUUUAAUUUGUCACGUGUGUGCUAGCUUCUAUGUAUAUGUUAGUUAUUAUUUUCUACGUA